CAAACUUCAAGUCGGAUGACGAGUACAUAAGCAAACGCCGCAAGCUCUCGGAAGUCCUUACUGCAGUCUCUGGCUUCAAAAAUUGUCUAAAAACCUCAAAACAAUAGAUUAUUGCUCUCGUCCGGAGAAAUGAGCCGCAAGAGAGACAGAACCCACUUCUCCCGCCACGCUCCGGCUUCCAACCCAAAACGCCGUCGGCCUUUGCCGCCCCAGCCGCCACCCGAGGAGGAGGAGAAGCCAACUGCAAGGCCCACUCCGCCUCCUGCCGUGGUAGUGAUGGGAUUGCCUCCAGAUUGCUCCGUCCUCGAUUUGAAGUCACGGUUCGUGAUCUACGGAUCUAUCUCCCGCAUCCGGAUUGACCGCGAUGCUGUGGGCUAUAUCGUCUACCGCUCCAAGGAAUCCGCUGAGGCUGCCAUUGCUGCUGCCCUUGAUGCGUCCUUCGGCAUCACAAUUGAUUCCAAAAGAGUACAAGUGUUGUGGGAAACUGACCCUUUGGCACAAUGGAGGGAAGGAGUAGGGGCUGGUGCUAAUAAGGAUAAUGUGCCAUCCUCAUCCUUGGCUUCAAAGCUUUUGAGGGCAGAGGUGCCUCUGAGUAAGCAUGGAAGAGGUAAUAAGCUUGCAUCAGCUAUAGUCAACCCCAAAAGUAAUGGAGUUGGUUCUUCCAUGUUAGAAGUGCCUUCCAGAGGUAGAGAAAUCAUUGCUUAUGAUGAUAUUCUGUAAUUUAUUGCUAGUUUUCUUGUGGUUCUAUCUUCCUAUGUAAAAUUUGAUAGGAGCUUUACUUUGUAGGAUGGUUAAUAUCCUGGAAGGUAUGCAUUAUUUGCUUUGUAGUCAUUUGUGAUGUUUUUUUCAUUUUGUGAUGGCAAUGAUGUGGUGUUGCCAUAUAGUAUUUACAAAAAAGGUAUUUCCAGUCUUGACUGGCUUGGAAACAUGCCACUUUGGAAAUGCUGCUUCCAUAUUGUUCUUGUAGUUGUUUUGUUUUAGAAGAUUCGUGUGCUCCAGUUCCCAAAUAUCAAUGACUGAACUUCAUUGUAUCCUAAUUCAAGAGUGACCUAGGUAUCUGUAAUUUUACAUAGCUUGUUUAGGUUCAAUUUGGGGGAUUUUUACGUUGCAACCUUUUCUCCUUCUCCUUAGCUAUGCACCAGCGAUAACUCACAGUUAUACUGCAAAUUUGGUUUCUCUACUCGUGCCAGUGAAGCUCUUUGGAUGAUCCAGUUGUUAUUUCUUGACUUAUACCUAGGGUGAAUUAUGAAAAUGCUUUCUUAUUUUGCUUUGAAAUAUAACUUGGUUGUUCCU